GCUGCAAUCUAUGCAACUUUGUAUACGUUCCCAGUUGGUGUUGAACGCAUGGAAGACGAUUUCGUGGAACCGUGAUAAUUAUACCAUCUAUUUGGCUAGUUUAGGCGUUUAGUUUAGUUUUGGUUUGAUUAUUUUUGCUCGCUGUGAACUAAAUAUUACACAACAAUGUAUUUCAAGUGUUGCGAAAUGGAUGAAAUGUUCGACCGGUUUGUUCUGCUGUUGGCUAAAAGAUUUGUGAAUCUUUCGAAAUACUUCUACAUCCAUUCUGGGACCGCAAUAAGCAAAGACUUCAAAAAUUACGUUCUAGUGCUUCAUCAAAAUGAAACACUGGAAUCGCAGCUAACUAUCGUAGAAUACCGCAUCAGUAUUGAGGACUACCGAAAGGUUACUUCUAGAGAUGACGCUUUCGAAACACUGAAACAAUGGGUCCCGGUUGGAAGCCAGCAACCCUUGCGUAGCAAACAUGUCCUAAUCCUAGCAAACUACCGUCCUGAAUCCGUAACCGAGGACAGCGUUGAAGUGUUGGACCAAGAACAACUGCAACAAGAGGAUCUUACUGGAUAUCCUCGCGUAGUGCUGAAUAUGCUUCGCGCAGCUCGGCUCGAUCCCAAGUUCAGCGACCGAAACAUCUACGAAGUUGCUCUUACACAAGACAGCUCCGAAAAAUUCUUGAAAGAACUAUUGCUCUCGACCUAUUCCAAACGACCCAUCGCCAAUAACGUAUACUACAGACUGGAUCCGAUCACCAAAAACGCCAUAUCCCUUCUGGAGCUCCUCGAGAGCCCUCGGGACACCGAUCUGGGACUGUUCUUGAUCCGACAGGCAUCGCGCAGUUACCCUCUGAUAACUCACGUCCAACCCGUUCGACAGCUUUCCGACGUAACGGACACGACCCGAUUCAUCGUCAGCGACACCGUAUCGUUCGAAGAGCUUUGCGCACGAUGCCCGACCGUCCGUUGCCACGAAGUUAUCUUUCGCGAAGAUUAUGGACUGGUUUACUGGCAGCGAAGUAACGGCCCUACGAAUGCGCUGCGUCCGUUCCUGGGCAAUGCUCCGGAUGAGUACGAGCGAUGCAUUCCCCCUUCCCAUUGGUUGAGUGUGAUUUACUCUGAGGGAAGUUCCGGGAAGAGCGAAUUCCUAAAGUUCCUUGAAAGGGAGUUCAGGAGAGUUAAGCCGUUUGGCUGGGUACGGAUGGUAGAUGGAAGGAAAUUGGGCGAGAUAUCUCAGCUGUCGGUGGAGGAUGGAUUGCGGAAGCUUUGUGAGGUGAAUACGGAGCAGGAGUUUGAAGCUUUGAAGAACUCCACAAAACACAAAGAGGAAUUGCUGCUGUUGAUCGAUGAUGUGGAUCAGAUGGGAGACUUGCUAGUGCCAUUUUUGAAAGGAUUGGAAGAACUUGAGGGGACUGUGAAGGUCUGGGUUGCAGCAAGUUCUAAGAUCCGAAUUUUGAUCGAAUCAAGCUUUCCGAUAGUUUGCCACGAGUUUCCGGUGUUAGUGGAAUCCGAUCAAGCAGCCUUUUUGCGGAUGAAGUUGCCAAAUGCUACCGACGAUCAAGUGGAGAUAUUGCUCGACUUGACAAGAAAGCAAAAUCUUCACGAACCAGAUGGACAUCCUAUCAGCCAUCCGUACACGGGGAAUGCAUUCAACUUGCAGUUGGUUAUUGACGUAGGUUCAGAAGGGGAUCAAUCGAAGUAUGAACCGGAACUACUAGGAGCAUUUGUUGACAAGCAUUGCCCAGCAGAUCGAUUGGAAGAGCUACAAAAAAGGUGUUAUGAAACAGUCGUGAACGAUCAUUUCGACACGGAGAUCAAUCACCUGUGUCUGCACUCAACCGUAGUAGAAUACAUGGCAUCAAGAUAUCUCGCCAACAAUCCCCAGUUAGUAUCCCUGGAUCUUCUUCGCAGUCACAAACCCUUAAGUAACCUGUUGGACCGAGUUUUGACCAAGGAUUGUCAGCUUGCCAGAUCAGUUCUUAACAAAGACCUCGACGGGGUACGAGCGAAUCUGGACAAAUACGAAGCAUCCGUAGAAGUCCUUCAGCGCACACCUCUUCAUCUAUGCCACGACGCUUUACCCAUUGCAGAAGUGCUGGUCACAGCUGCCGGAAGCAACCUUGAACAUCGCUGUCUCCUCUCCAGCUUUACUCCUCUUCAGAUGGCAGAUGAACGUCAGGAUUGGCAGCUAGUCGAAUUAUUGCUCAAGCACGGAGCAUCCGCAAGCUUCCAAAACCUUCGACUUCAAAUGAUGCCUCAGAAAGAUUUGAUCAAGGUACUUGAUGACUGCAUCGGGAAUGAUCUUCUGAGCCUCAUCCAAUGGAUCCUGUCUAAUCGGUCCGACCUUUGUAUUACACAAUCGAUCAUCUACUCCAUCAGUGUUCAUGAUGAGUUCGAUCAAGAGUUAGCUUUCCGGAUUCUACAACUGGCGUACGAUCAGGAUCUCCCGUCUCGGGAGAUUCCCUUCCGGUACAUGUGGGGCAACACGGCACUCCACCAGGCCGCCUACUCUAACAACUUGGAAAUGUGUCGAUUUUUAGUGGAGAAACUACGAUUUGAUGUUGAUGCCGAAGACUACAGUGGUGAAACAGCUCUACAGGAGGCUACUGAGGUUGCAGUGGUGGAGUACCUACGAAGCAAGAGUGCCAAGAAAAUUGAUAAGACCAUACCGGAAGCAGAAUCGGAAGAAACCUCGGAAGAUACUCAAGAAUCGGUAUUCUACAGAGCUUGCUACUCGGACAAUCUGGAGUUGGUUCGCUACGCGGUUGAACGUGAAGGUCAUGAUCCCUUGAUGCAAGAACACGGAACCUAUGGCCUUAUCCGUGCGGCUGCUUGGGGAAGUCUUCCAAUUGUUCAGUAUCUGUACGACGCCGGAUUCUGCAACCAUUUAGACUUGGUAGACGAUACCGACUACACGGCUUUGGCGACUGCCGUACGUUUCGAACACUUUGAGGUGGUCAAGUUCCUUGUUGAGAAAGGAACAGAUACUAGCAAAAUUCGCGAUACACCCUCGAAUCGCGAGCUCCUGAACUUCAUGAUCAACUCAUUUGGUUUUAAACCGGACGUUGACUUUGAAGCCCUGACCCAACUUUCGUUGGAUGAGUUACGAGAAACUCAGUUCGAUUGCUUCGCCAAGGACAAGUAUGGAAAAAUCUUCUUACACUAUUACGUCGCCUACCAUGAAAAUACGGACGUUUUGAGAUUCAUCCUAACCAAGUACGACAACAUAGACCUGGAAUGCGAGGACACCGGGCGAACUGCGCUGCACGAAGCAUUGGUAUCGCAUCACCCGGAGCUGGCAGACGUCCUGCUUCAGGCUGGUGCAGACUAUCGAAAACGAUGCAGCAAAACCGGUCAAAGCGUUUUGCACUUUGCAGCAAUAGCUCACGAUCGACGUCACCUGGAUGAGUUUCUUGCAAAACCAGAUAUGACAAUCGAUGAUCGAGAUAAUGAAGGCGAAACGAUCAUUUUCUCUCUGGGCGCAGGUUCAGCUGAAUUGAUUCGAUACCUGGUCGAUCGUUACGACCUCAAUGUGAAUGCCCAGAAUAACCACGGUCAUACCAAGGUGCACCAAGCAAUCAUUCAGCAGAACUUCUUCUAUCUACAGGAUCUGGAACGACUGCUGAGAGAUGCUGGAGCAAACCAGAACGUAACGGACAACCGGGGUAGAUUGGCCUUGCAUUACGCUGUGGAGAAAGGGGAUAUCACAGCUGUUCGUGUGAUGGAACGGUAUGGUUACCAGGGCGUUCAUGUACAGGAUCAGGAUGGAAAAAGCCCUUGGAUACUGGCUGAAGAGCACAAUCAGAAUGAAAUUUAGAGUUUUUCAAAAGUUUAUAGAAGUAUAAUUCUGAUUAAGUCAUAACGACAGCUGAUUCAUAAUAUAAAA